AACACCUACCACACACACACACACACACACAUAGACAGAGUCAGACAUAAACCAGCAGUGAAGAGGCGCAGACAGAAGCACACACACACGCACACGCACAGAGCGAUGGUAGAGCCUGGAGGAUAUGCAACAGUGAGGUGAACGUCACAGUGGAGUAUUUCCAAAACAUUCUCUGAGGAACGCAGGAGCAACAACACAGGAUCCUCAGAGGAGCCAGACGAGCAGAUAACCCGAGAAGAGUAUGAGGCCAAGAUGAGCUGUUCCCAGGCUGAACCAGAAGAGAGGCCUGCUGAUGCUAACCCUAGUCCCAGUGCUAAUACCAUCUCCAGUGCUAAUGCUAGCCCCACUGCAAAUGUUAAUCACAAUGCUAGCACCAACCCUAAUCUUGGUGGGAGCCCAAACAUCAAAACUGGCUCAACUGGAACAACCUCAAUCCUUUCUACUAACGCUAAUGCUAAUUCCAAUGCUACGGCUAAUGCUAGUGAUGAGCUGGAGUGCAAGAUCUGCUACCAGCGCUACAACAUCCACAAUCGCAAGCCCAAGAUCCUGGACUGUCUGCACCGUGUGUGCGCCCGCUGCCUUAACAAGAUCCUGGACAUGGGGGAUGGCUCUGGUAGCAUCUGCUGCCCCUUUUGCCGUCACGAUACGCAUGUCAGCGAGUACGAAGUGGCAGGACUACCGGAUGACUCCAAUAUCAUGUCGUGUCUGGUGGUCAGGGAUAAGUCCUGGAGUUCGGACCACAGUAAAGAGGUAGUACUGACACCUAAGAGCCUGUCCUCCACCGACAGUCCGUCCCACGACUCCUCCAACUGCCUGGUCAUCACCAUCAUGGAGGUCCAGCGGGACGCGCAGCGCUCACCUAGCCGCAAUGGCAGCUCUGACUACUACGGAGAUCACAGUCUGGACUCUGUAUCUGUGGCAUCGAACAGUGGGGCCAUGGACCAGGAUGCCUUGUCAAAGUUCUGCAAUCAUGUACCCCGGAUCCUUGUGUGGCUUCUGGGUUUCUUCUAUUUUGGCUCCCUGCCCUUGGGUAUCUACUUGCUGGUAAUCCAGAGAGUGACAAUGGGCAUUGUGUGCGUUAGCCUUGUGCCCUCCAGUCUUACUGUCUGUCUUGUAUAUGGCUUCUGCCAGUGCCUGUGCCAGGGCAUGUGCGACUGCUCCACCAGAAGCUGAUUGAACACGACACAACUUGACAGUAGAACAGCAAAGCAAAGGGUGACGGACAAGCGGUGACACAACUGACACUUCCUCAAACAUGCUGAGGGCUAUUAUGUUAAGCUGUAUUGUUCAGAACUGUCUCUCUUCAGACAGAACAGACAGAAUCAAUGUAAUAUCCGCCGUCUUAGAAACAAUAGGACACUUAGCAAAUGAUCAAUGGAAAACUGACUAGUAGCAAAUUAAAGCCUCUAAAACAUGGCUAGCAAUGUUUGACAUUCCGUAGUUGGCAUCUGGCUUCUAGAGCAGCCAGUACAAACUGAAAAAAGCCAAAUGAACAAAAGGACACAUUCUGGAAAAGUUAGAGAAGUUCUUAAGCAAGCACUAACAAUCAAAACAAGUGUUUGACCUGGAACAAUUGUUUAAGUCUGGAUUUCUGGAAGAGUAUACGUGCCUCAGUGUAUGUAGCCCCCAAAAGCUAACAAAGCCAUGCAGAGUUAUGUCAAAAUACUGUGGUUAUUUCUAUUCCUGAGCACUGUACUGAACUGCGUAUCAUAAACGAUGAGCCAUGUUGAUCAUUCUGAUUGAUUCUGACUUUGUGUAUUGGUGGAAACAUUCAUUGUGAUUGGUCAGAAAACAUGAAGAGAACAUUCCGUGGGAGAAACACCUCUUUUUGCCUCUUCCUUGUAGGAAAGAGAGAUGCUACAAUAAAGUGGAUGUUUGCUGUAA